UCUCGGUCCAUUCACAUGCCACACAAGUUUAGCAGGAGCUUCUUCCUCUCUCCAUCCGUGCGCUCUCCAUCGCUCCGUCCACGCUCUCUCCAUCGCUUUGAUAACUCAGAGCUUCUUCCUCUCUCUGUCCACGCUUUCUCCAUCGCAGGAGUUUCUUUCACCGCCGUCGCUCUCUCCAUCGCUCCGUCCACGAAGAAGCUCCGUCACACCCCUUUCUUGAUCUUUUCCGUGUGUUGCUCGCGUCUCUCCUUUCAAACCCAAACCUGCAAUCUGCUAAUUUAGCCAAAGUUUGGAGACUUUGUUUUCUUGUCAGAUUCAAUUUGAGACAAUAAUCACUUCCGUCAUUUCAAAGAUCAAACGCAGACAUGGUUGUACUUGCUACAUCCAUUGUGGGCAAAUCUGGUAAAGAUGAGUUUUCAGAUCACGGUUCUGAUUUCUAGACAGUUUGCUGAUAAUGUUGCGUAGAUAUGUGUACUAGAGGUGUAUUGUAUUCACAUUCUAGUUGUAAUUGCUUUGCCUAGUUCAAUUUAUGUAUCUUUAUUUAUCUUAAAUGUUCACUCUUUUAUUAAUUAUUUAGUAGUUCUGUGAAGACAACUUACCUCUCCAAAUUUAUGUGAAGACAGAAAGUUAUGAAAAGACAGCUUACCUCUCCAAAUUUUAUUGAUGAUUUUCCUAAUCCUUUUUUCUAUUUAUACUUAUUUGGAUAGGUUCCUCUUGAGCUUCCAUUUUCAAAGGGAGAAGCCAUGGAUGAUCCAACUUACCUCUGUCACUUGCAUCUCUUUGGUUGCUAAAGUUGAAGAAAGUCAAGUACCUCUUCUCUUGGACCUUCAAGUAGAAGAUGCAAAAUAUGUGUUUGAGGCAAAGACUAUUCAGAGAAUGGAGCUUCUGAUUCUGUCCACCUUGAAUUGGAAGAUGCACCCUGUGAUCCCACUCACAUUUUUAGAUCACAUUAUAAGGAGGUUGGGACUCAAAACACAUUUUCACUGGCAAUUUCUCAAGCGUUGUGAGAAUCUUCUUCUCUCUUUGCUAUUGGAUUCAAGAUUCGUUGGUUGUCUUCCUUCUGUAUUGGCCACUGCAACAAUGCUGAAUGUAAUAGGCUAGAUUCAUCACAGCACUGAGGGAGUGGAAUACAAAAGCAUUUAUUUUUUUGGUCUGUCUUCCUUCAGUCUUCCUUCUUUCUACGUUUAUUUUUUUUGGUCUGUCUCUCUCACUCUUCUCUCUUUCUCUCUAUAUAUAUUAUAUGAAAGUGAUGUUCUUGUUCUUUCCUUAUUCUUUUGUUAAAUUCCUCUUAAGUGGGUUGCCCUAUUUCUACUAGUGCAUUGUAUAGUUUAUUGGCUGAUUGAAAAUAACUUAAUUGUUCUUAGUUGGGAUCUAUGGAAAUCAUUACUCCUUGCAUUAUAUAUUAGAAUUGUUCCUAGUCUUAGUCCUAGAAAUUGAUUUUGCAACUUCUAAAAAUUUUUGUUGGAAGUCCAUGAACUAAAAUAUAUAGAAGGCCAAAUUUUUGUAUUUUCAACUUUUGAAUUGAAAACUAAUUUACUAAUUUCAUUUUUUUCAUGGCAAAUUAGUUAAUUCAUAUGGUCCCUUUAAGCUGCUGGAAGCACUCCACAACUGGUGACAAGAAGCAUGAGCACCUGAAAUUAUUUUUGUGCAGAUUGAAUAGAGUGUCAGGGGUGACUCGUUAAGGAAUGUAGAUUCUGCUUGUGUUUCGAUCCCUAGCACCUUAAAGUAUGAUGAUUCAAAGAAAUGGGUGGUACUCUUAGCCUUCUGUAAUAUUGGGUGCUUGGGUAAAACAAUCCAAGAUAUAGUUUUCUUCAAUUAUCAAUCUAAACAACCUGGUUUUGAAGACUUUGGUUCCUGAUUUUUUACUAGAUUGGCUUUAUUCUUUAUAUUAAUGCUGCAGUUAUGUUUACCACACAAAGCUGGAAAAGACUGAACAAUUAUGCUCAUUGGCCUUUUCUUUUCAUAAAAUUUGUUUGUUUGGUCUUUUAUUUCUGAGAGUUAAUAAAUUAUAUAUUGAAAUAUUUUCAUAUUGUACUAAUCAUGGUUAGUUCUUAUGCAUUCAAUUGACAUAAUUUUUAUUAGGAUGUUGAGUAAUGAGUUUUUUGUGCCAUAACAAAGUGAAUAACUUUCACUAUUGACAUUUUUUCAUGUAUUUUUUACUGUUGUGUACUUUUACUGACAUGCAGUACUUUAAAAUA